AUCACGAACGUCAAAUUGGAAAUCUCGCAUCAACCAUUGGAUUUACUCAUAUCUCACUUUCAUCUACCAUAAUGCCCAUGAUUAAAAUUGUUCCUCGUGGUACCUCAUCUACUGCCGACGCGUAUUUAACCCCUUGCAUUCGGAAAUAUAUUAAUGGAUUCAUUUCGGGAUUUGAUGAAAAUUUAAUUCGAAACGUUAAAUUGGAAUUUAUGCAAAGUGAUGGAGGUUUGGUACCUGUCAAUAAAUUUUCGGGAUUUAGAGCUAUUUUAUCAGGUCCUGCCGCCGGUGUGAUGGGUUACGUGUUAACUUCUUAUGGUGAGAAAGAACGAAUUCCGGUAAUUGGAUUUGAUAUGGGUG